AUGGAGCGUAAUCAUACGUUAGAAAGCACUUUUGCGAUGAGCCUGAGGAACAUAACAGAUAAUGAAUUAGACGCCCUAUUGCAUUUUGAUAGUCCGCCACCGACUAUUCAAUUUUCCCAAAGCACUAAUCAAGAUGGAAAAGAGGGUAACGGAGGUACUGAAGAAGCUAAUGAAACACUCAGCACUUUGCAGUUUAAUCGUGAAGAGCUUCCUUCGCAAAUGAGUUCACAAGUUGUCUACGUAAACUCUUUUCCAGAUGAUUUAGAUUUUACCUUAAAGUUUACUCAACAAAGUUCAGGGCAACUUGAUCCCGUUGUAAUAAAUUCGAUGGAAGUUGAGAACAUUGAAAUAGAUGACACUGAGAUAACAACACCAGAAACUGAAAAGACGCCAACUAAUAGAGCCAUUGAAAGAAAAGAAGAUUUAACGAGUAGAACUGUUCAUGUUAUAAAAGAGUCAUCUAUUGGUAACAGUACUGAUGCAAUGGGUUACAUCGAUGAAAUUAUCAAAAAGGAGCUCCUUGAUCUUACGGCAAUAGAAGACUUUUCCGAUGAUGAUGGGUUUGCUGCUUUCAUUGAUGUGAACUUGAAUGUUUCUACAGAGCUUGAACAGUCAAAUUCUGGUGGCGCAAAUUUAGAGCGUAUGUGCCAAUCUCAAAUGAAUGCAGCAAAGAAAGAAAAUAUACUUGACAAACAAAUAUACACGUCAUGCCCAGUAGAACUUCAUAUCCCAGCUUUACCCAGUACUAUUUCUCCUGCUAAACAAAGCGAAGCCGUGGAUUAUACACUUAAAAGCGUUAAUAAAUGUAAUCCACCAACAAAAAACGUCAAGAGCCUCUUGCCUCCAAAAGAGUUCAAUGCUAGUGGAGUUACAGGUACAAUAGACUAUAGUUCUACCAGUGAUUUGGGCAUGGUACCCGCUUCUGUGAAACAAUUAUACGAUCUGGUGCGGGCUCAGUAUUCUGAUUUUGCUUUCGUGUAUGCAUUAAGUGCGCAGCUUUGUCAAGAUCGUGUACCAAUGGAUUGUUUCGUUAAUUUAAAAAUGGGUUUACUACUUAGCUUGGCGUCCAUUAGUACAAAUCCCGAUCGUCCACCAAUACCUAUGAUGGUGUUCGGCAGUGAUACAUACAUAGCCAAUUAUUUACUUACAAACAUUGCACAACUGUCGGAACGGUUUGUUGGCCCAGCUGAUGUCGUAAAAUCGCCCUUUUGUGGGAACUAUCGCAAUUGCAAAUGGAUUGUAGCAGAUCCUAUCUUGUUGGCAAGUGGAGGCGUAUACUUCGCUGGCGAUUGGUCACACCUGAAGAUGACCCGGAUGGAUCAAGUUUUCAGAAUCAUCGAGUGUUCACGAGUUCCUGUUGAUCAUUCUUCGCAAAUCUAUCCUUUAGGGACCGCUAUAUGGGCACAUUGGCGCUCAUGCAAAGGCAAUUCUAAAGAUCAGCAAACAUUUAACAAAGUGGUUAAAAUAUUUGGUAUUGCAAUAUGCAUGGACGACGAUGAAAAACAUGAAGUGCUCGUAGACUAUAUAUUAGAGCAAUCGUCUGUGAAGAUCUUCGAAUCGACCGUAGACCACUUGUCAAUUAGCAGCGAAGACAUGCGUUGUUUUCUAAGGACAAUUUCAAAACGCUCUGUAGAUCUGACACCAGAAGCUUCGCAAUUGUUACAACAAUAUUUUGUAACUUCACGUUUCGCGCGCCCCGAAUGCCUGACUAAACAAGCCUAUGUCGUAUUGAAACAAUUUGCCGAGUCUUUUGCAAAACUCUGCUUCCGCCACGAAGUGUUGGUAUGUGAUGUCGUUGCAGCUGUUUUUAUGUGCGAACGUUUUUUACGAAGUAUUUUCGGUGUGAAUGAAAAUUCUCCGCCGGCAUUUGAGUCACAUAAUUUUGUGGGCUCUGUGGAUGCGCACAUGUUGAAAUUUCAAGACUGGCUGAACGCCUACAUCAAAAAAUUUCAAGACAAAUAAUUUCAUAUUAUAAACUAUUCAGCGUUUAAGUUGAAACAAUUUUUACAUUUUAUUUUAGAAUCAUACCUAAGUUGUAAAGAUUACAUAUGUAUGUGUGCGUUAUAUAAUCCACAUACAUAAAUAUAUGUACAUUAAUAAAUACACUUUUGAUAUA